AUGUCAUCGAUUUUGCUUUUUUCCCUAUUGUUCUUCAUUUGUUGUUGUCCUUGCUUUUCCCUACCAGGAGUUUCCCUACCAAAAGGGCCCUUCCUACCAAAAGUUGUUCCCCUACCAAAAGGGUCAUCCCUAUCAAAAGGGACCUCCCUACCACCAAAAGGGACCUCCCCACCAAAAGGGCCUUCGGAUCCUAAUUCCCUCUACAAAUCCUUUCUCGAAUGCCUUCCAACAUCAUCCCCUCAACCUGACAAAACAUUCUCUUCAGUCGUUUACAGCUCCGCCGCUAACUCCUCCGCCUAUACCAAAGUUCUAAUGGACCACAUCAAAAACUUCCGUUACAAUGCCACCUCCACACCCAAGCCUGCCAUCAUCAUCACUCCAAAUAAAGAAACUCACGUGCAAGCUGCCGUCAUCUGCGCCAAGAAACUCAAUAUCCAGAUUAGGAUUCGCAGCGGAGGACAUGAUUAUGAAGGAGUCUCCUACACCUCGUCUGAAAAAACACAGUUCAUGAUAAUCGACAUGUUUAAUCUCCGUGCAGUUGAUGUUAAUGUCGCCAACGAAACUGCGGUGGUCCAAGCCGGAGCUCAAUUAGGUGAUUUGUAUUAUCGGAUUUGGGAAAAGAGUAAGGUGCAUGGGUUCCCGGCCGGAGCAUGUCCGACAGUCGGUGUUGGUGGACAUAUAAGCGGCGGUGGUUAUGGCACCAUGAUUCGAAAAUACGGGUUGACUGUUGAUCAUGUGAUUGAUGCCAAGAUCGUCGAUGUUAAAGGUCGGAUUUUGGAUCGGAAAGCAAUGGGUGAGGAUCUUUUUUGGGCCAUACGCGGCGGCGGCGGCUCCAGUUUUGGUGUCAUAUUGUCCUUCACCGUGAAACUAGUUCCGGUACCGAAGGUUACUACUGUUUUCAAGGUAACGAAAACGACGGAAGAAAAAGCGGUAGACAUCGUUUUUAAAUGGCAGUCGGUUAUGUCUACAAUCGACCCAGAUUUGUUUAUUAGAGUUUUACUACAGCCGGCGAAGGAGAAAAACAAGAACACUGCCCAGGCUACAUUUAUGGCCCUUUUCUUGGGUGAUUCCACCAGGUUGCUGGGUUUAAUGGGUAAAAGCUUCCCGGAACUAGGAUUAAAGAAACAAGAUUGCUUCGAAGUAAGUUGGAUUCAAUCCACUCUUUUUUGGUCAAACUUCGAUUACAACAAGACAAAGUUAGAUAUCCUCAUCGAUCGGCACACUGAUGUUGUUAAGUUUUUGAAACGAAAGUCUGAUUACGUACAAACCCCUAUACCAACGACAGGAUUAACGUCCAUAUUCAACAAGUUGGGUGAACUUGGUAAAAUUGGUCUGGUUUUCAACCCGUACGGCGGGAAAAUGAAUGAAAUUCCGGCAAACGCAACUCCAUUUCCUCACCGUGCCGGAAACCUGUUCAAGGUGCAAUAUUCAUUGAGUUGGAUUGACGGUAAUCCGAAAGUAACCGAAAACAACAUGAAUCAGUCUAGGGUUAUGUAUGAUUUCAUGACUAACUAUGUAGCGAAGAAUCCAAGAAGCGCGUUCGUGAAUUACAGAGAUUUAGAUAUUGGUGUGAAUAAAGGUGAUGGGUUUACCUCCGGUAAGGUUUACGGGGAGAAAUAUUUCAAUAAGAAUUUUGAUAGAUUGGUGAAGGUGAAGACAGCUGUCGAUCCAGAAAAUUUCUUCAGGAAUGAACAGAGUAUCCCUAUUCAGCCUGGAAAGAAGGGAAAACACAACGAUGUGUCCACGAUUGACGAUUAUAUAUAUAACGGGAAUGACCAAAGUACCCCAAUUCUUCCAAGAAAGCACACUGAUGUGUCCAUGACUGACGAUUAUAUAUAUAACAGGAAUAAACGGUUGCCGGAAAAGCACACCGAUGUGUCCAAGACUGACGACUAUAUAUACAAUGGGAAUGAACAGAGUAUCCCUACUUUUCCCGGAAAGCACACCGAUGUGUCCAAGACUGACGACUAUAUAUACAACGGGAAUGAACAGAGUACCCCUACUUUUCCUGGAAAACACACCCAUGUGUCCAAGACUGGCGACUAUAUAUACAACGGCAAUGUACAGAGUGUCCCCACUUUGCCAGAAAAGCACACCGAUGUGUCCAAGACUGAUGACUAUAUAUACAACGGGAAAGAACAGAGUAUCCCUACUUUGCCUGGAAAGCAUACCGAUGUUUCAAUGACUAAAGAUUAUAUAUACAACAGAAAUGAACAUAGAAAAUAA